GAGAUAAAGCGGGCGAGCAAGAGAGGAGGGGAGGGGGUGGAGGGGUUGUCAACGCAUUCUCAUUCCCAGCUCUGGAAGUGUAGAAGGAGGAGGACAGGGCUGGAAAAAUACGCUUAAAGAGAAGACUGGAGAUCUAGAGAUUGGGGAAAAACGGAGCCUCGGAUCACUGAGCGUCUAGCAACUCUUGUUUUUUUCUCCUUAUCCCCUUCUCUCCUACCCCCUCCAUCUCCACUGGACUGCAUAGACUCCUAAUUUGGGAUUUGUUUGAAAGCAGGGACUGCAAACUUUUCCUUGCUUGGGAAAGGGAACUCCCGCUGCUCCCCCUCUCACUCUCCAGAACUAUAAACACUUAUAUUCUCAAUAACGCCUCUCAAAAUGUCUGAUUCCUCUGUCAACGCUCACUUGGAAGGGAUCAUAUCAGACUUUGAAGCACUAAAGCGGUCAUUUGAGGUGGAGGAGAGUGAUUCUUCCUCACAUGGCACUUCCCUGAUUCGGCGGUCUUCUAACCCUGUCCGAUCCUCUUCCUCCUCUUCCACAUCUAGCCAGCGGAGCUACGACACAGCAUCUCGAAACUCAGACUACUCCAACAGAGCAUCUCCUUCUGAGUCCUCCAAUCUGCGAUCUCCAAAAACAGGCAUGAAGCGCAUGGAGUUUACUGGCGGUCGAAACCAUGACACAGCCUCCUCUAGACGUACAGAGAUGUCUAUUGAAGUCUCCUCCAAACAGAUUGACAACUCACCCAGUGCUGGCAUAGCUCGCUUUGGGCUUAAGCGGCCCGAGGUCAGCCUGAGUAGUCGGAUUAACCCUGCGGACAGUUCUCUUUCCAACUCUUCAUCCAGAAGGGGUGACCUAAGCGCAGCACGGCCUCUGGAGCCCCCUGCGCCGCCUAGGAGGAUGGACUCGCACCUGUCUUCUGGUGCAACUUCAAGGAUCCCCCGGGCAGAGUCCCAGAGCCCUGUAGUCAGUCCAGUGGAGACCGCCUUUAAAAGGCCAGAGCUGCCCGUCUUCAAACAGAAUGAUGAUAUGUUAGAGAACAACAACCACCACCACCCUCCUGCCCCCACUGCACCCUUGCCCUCUCUGGUUGACACUCGAGGGGAUAGGGUACACUCACCUGUCUCUGAGCUGCCGUCUGUCAGACCUAUUGAAAGGCUGGAGGUGACGCCCAGCUACAGCAGCACCAUGUCUGAGCCGGUGCACCCUGAGGUGGCCCCCACAGUGGGCCCUGUGUAUGGGGAGAAGCCCAGCUCAGUGGUGGAUUUCAGUUAUGUGGGAAUUGAUGCCAUUUUGGAGCAGAUGAGGAGGAAGGCCAUGAAGCAGGGCUUUGAGCUCAACAUUAUGGUAGUCGGUCAGAGUGGUCUGGGUAAAUCCACACUGAUGAACACACUGUUCAAGUCAAAGGUCAGCCGCAAGUAUGUGCAGGCCACAGCCCAAGAGAAGAUCCCCAAAACUAUUGAGAUCAAGUCCAUAAGUCACGACAUCGAGGAGAAAGGUGUGAGAAUGAAACUUACUGUAAUUGACACUCCAGGUUUUGGAGAUCAGAUCAACAAUGAAAACUGUUGGCAGCCCAUCAUGAGAUUCAUUAAUGACCAGUAUGAAGCAUACCUUCAAGAGGAAAUCAACAUCAACAGAAAGAAAAGGAUCCCUGACUCCAGGGUGCACUGCUGUAUAUACUUUAUUCCUCCCACUGGCCACUGUCUCCGACCUCUAGAUGUUGAAUUUAUGAGACGUCUAAGUAAAGUGGUCAACAUUGUUCCGGUCAUUGCCAAAGCAGAUACGUUAACCUUGGAGGAGAGGGACUUCUUCAAACAAAAGAUCAGGGAAGACCUACGAGCCAAUGGUAUUGAUGUUUACCCCCAAAAAGAGUUUGAUGAGGACCAGGAGGACAGAAUGAUAAAUGAAAAGAUCAGAGAGAUGAUACCAUUCGCUGUGGUGGGCAGUGAUCAGGAGUACCAGGUUAAUGGCAGAAGGCUCUUGGGCAGAAAAACCAAGUGGGGAACAAUUGAAGUGGAGAACAUUGCCCAUUGUGAAUUCGCCUAUUUAAGAGAUCUUCUCAUCAGGACCCAUAUGCAGAACAUAAAGGACAUCACCAGUACCAUCCAUUACGAGAUGUACCGUGUACGUCGACUGAAUGAGAACAACACAGGAGCGGUGCACACUAAUGGCCUCUCAGACCACUCUGCUCAUGAGAUGUAAUUGGCUCCCCCUGCUGACUUUACUCACAUACUACUCCACAUCGCAGGUGGGAGACGCGCUUCAGAGCUCGCCGGAGGGACUUGUGAGGUGCAGUGGCUGAAAGAACUGUUGAUGUCGCUACUGUCCUCACAUUCUGAAGAAACAUGCAGAGUUUUGUUGCUGCUGCCUGAAUAUACAUGCUUUCUGAUCUUAUUUUACGUUUUAAUCUUAACACCAAAGUUUAAGCAUCUGCCAAAUGACUAAAGACAUUUGCCAAAUUGUUUUAAUGAAUCUGAACUUUUAGCAGUAUGUUGGGGCUUACUUGCCCAUGCAUGCAGGAAACAAGAUUGAUCAAUCUGAUGGAUAUAAAAAGAUGGACUGAUUCAAGGCCAAAGAUACUAGCAGCUCAUAAAGCUGAUCUAUGUGAGAAUGGCAGAAAAUACAUUCUAAUUUCUUUAAUCACUUCAUUUUAGUCUGUUUGUUUUUUGUGUUCAAUGUGAGCAUGAAUAUGUUCAUUUGUUAUACACUUUGAUGUUUCUUCAAAUAUCUUAAAGUGAUUAUUUUAAGAUGAAAAGUAUAUGUACAUUUAAAAUGUGAACGGUUGAACCACAGUUGCCCAUUUUAACACUAUCAAUAUCCUUGCCACACAGUGCCUUAUUUAUCGGCAAAUGCUGGUGAUUAGAUGUAACUGAAACUGGAGCAUAGGAUAGAUUAUCUAUUUUUGACCAGCCCAGUUAUUUCUUUGCAAUAUACACCUCUGUCCCACAAAAUGGCUCUUUUGGCAUCAAUGUCGUCAUCUUGUAUUUUCUAAUGUGUCUUAUGUUUUUGUACUAUUAAUAACAAAUGUUUAUCUUAUUUUAAAUAAAGAAUAUUA